AUUGUGGUGGAAAAAAACACCAAUCUCAUAUUUAUUAUUCUAUGGUUGUAACGUGGUGUUAAAGGGGCACUUAUCUUAUGAUAUUUUGUACACCGUAUUGUUCUUCGUUAAGAAAUAAAGAAGGCAGGUGACAAGUUGUCACCAAAGAAAAAGAAGUGAUAUUUUGUACAAUAAAGACGGAAACUGACUGAAGGAAGUAAAGAUGAGGUGGGACAAAAUUUAUUCAGGCAAAGAUUGUGAAUCUUGAAUACAUGGUGCGGAAAAAUCGAGUAUGGUAUUCGAGGUAUUCGGAAGAUGUGCAGCAACAAGCGAGAAAUGUCCAAAUUGCGGACAACAUACAAACACAUCUUUUUCAAGGCUCGUGAAAGAUAGCUGUGGCCACGCAAAGUGUCGAAUGUGCCUGCUAUACGAAGAGCAUGGAUGUAAAAUAUGCCAAAAAGAGCCACGUAUCGCGAACGGAGAUUUAAAUGAUGCACGAAAAUCACCCACUGAAGAGAUUAUGUUGCCGUUGGAACUGGUCAUCAACAAGGAUUCCAAGUCCAAGGAAAAUCGUCCAGAUUCAAACUCUGCCAAAUGCGGAUCGUCGAAUCGUUAUGAGAAUGUCACUUUUGACAACAACGAAGAAGCCUACGAAUCUGUAACAAAUGACUCAAAUACUAAUGACGAUUCCAGCGAAGUGUACAUUCCAAAAAUAGAGUCUUACAAUGUUGCGUUGAACAUUGAAAACCACUUGAGAAAUGACAGUGAUCGUGACUCGAAGAAUCCACAGAAUCUACUUGUAAAAAAUAACAGUCAGGCAAAAGCAAAAGUCAAUGAGGAGGUCGUGGAAAAGAACAAAAAUGUCAAAUCUCGUAACCGUAGUCACAUAACGAUAGUGCCGGGCACUCCGGAAAAGUACAAGUGCAAUGCGUGCGGUAAGAUCUUCCGCAACAAGAAGGGCAAAUGCUAUCACGAUGCCUGUGUAACAGGCAUCAGGCCCUAUCAGUGUACCCUUUGCGACAAGAGUUUCGUCAAACGUUCUCACUUUGAAUAUCAUGAGAGGGUUCACAGGGGAUAUAAGCCAUACAAGUGCAAACUCUGUGAGAAGGCUUUCCCUCAGCAGAACAAGCUCAAUAGACAUAUGUUUUCUCACAGCAAGGAGAAACAGUUUGUGUGUUCCGAAUGCAAUAAGCGGUAUAGCAAGAAGGAUGAUUUGAAGAAUCACUUAAACGUACACAACGCGAUGGCUAUAUUUAAGUGCAAGUCCUGUGACAAGUCUUUUCGCGUAUUAACUAAUCUGAAACGCCACAUGCAGACGCAUACGAGCGAACGGCCGCACAGGUGCGACCAGUGCGACAAGAGCUUCAAAGACAGAUCUUUGUUAAUACGGCACAAACGGACUCAUGGGAAAGAAAGGCCGUUUUCUUGCGCUCACUGUAACAAAGUUUUCCUAUCAAAGAGCGAAUUACGACGACACAUAACUGUGCAUUCAGACGAGAAACCGUUCUCCUGCGAGUACUGCCAGACGCUGUUUAGACGUAAGGACAAUCUGAAUCGACAUAUCAGACACCAUCAUACAGAGGACUUCAGUUGCGAGGUAACGCCAGGCAAAACGCCAGUCGUUGAAGCGGACCGAGUCUGUUCGACGACGAAGGGUAGUCAGCAACGACAGAAACAGAAGUCGAGGAAGACGCAGGCGAAGAGCACCGGUAAAGUCACCGCGACAUUCGUGAGCUCUCGCGAUCAGAUUAACUCACGGCUCGACUCCAUGGGCAACAUCACGCCUGUGAUAAGAGCUACCAGUGAAGUGAGUAACGCGGUACCGGUGAUCAACGGGCCUAUCAAUAUCAGACGGCUCGAGGACAGGACCGACAAGAAAAUGUUCACCUACACAGAGCCGAUUCCGAUCGCUGAGGCAGUCGUGCUUAACUGUCGGAUUGAGGAGAAGUUGUAUCCGCAAAGUGCCAGCAGCCACAAUUGCUUUGUGCGUAGCUACCUUAAGGACAGGAACUCCAAGGUGAAUUCGUAUUCUAACAAUAAUCUAGCGUCGCAAGAAAAUCACAGUUUUGCGGCGGCCACAUCCUCGCAAACUGGGGCACUUCUUGCGAGAGCGACGGAUCAGAAGGAUUCCACGACUGAUGUCUACAAGGAGAGACUCGGGAGAUGCGAAGAGGAAGAAAGAAGCAAUCAGAAUAAAGACGAGAAUGAAAAGGAGGAUGAAAGGAAUCGUGAAAAAAGGAAUUUCAAGAAUCAUGAGGAUCCAGGCACCGUUUCUUUGCGAGAAUCUAAUUGCGUCUCUACGAUCAAGAAGCAUACAACACGGCAAUCGGAGGGAUGUUCGAACGAAAAUUCAGCGAACAGCAAUUUGGAUGCAACGAAUCACACGACAUUGCCAAAGGAUUCUCAGAACAGCUGCGCGAAGAAACAAAGCGACAUGCACUGGAGGCGCAGAAUCGCGGAGACGCUGAAGCCUUGCUGAUCUCACGUAAAUCGACUCCUUCGAAUGCUAUGAUCAGAACUGGAGCAAGUUCGACGGCAAUAUGAGGUGUGCGGUAAACUAGCGAGAAAACAUACAGAACUUAUAGUAAAUCUUUUUCUCUUAUAACAAAUUCUUUAUAACGAAAUUAUGACUGAAACAAGAUAUCAUCCUUUUCAAUUUUUUAAAUAUAAAUUAUAUUGACUUAAAUCGUUGCGAUAUUUAUAGAUACGGUUUAUAAUCUUUAUAGGAAUUGCAAAUUGUAUAAGACUGAUUAUGAAAUAUUGUGAUUAUGUAGCGCUUGAUAUAAUUAUUGAAAAUUGAGAGAA